GAAGGAAGUCGAAUUCUGACAAGAACAUCAGACGGUGAAUAUCUUCCUGGAAAGGUGGCUAAUUCAGAAGGAUUAAAAUUUUUAGUCGCACUGGACAACGGAGGUCAAAUCGAGUGCAGCUAUGAAGACAGGACUGUAGUCGUACCAGACUCCACUCCAGCGUGGGUCACUUUAGGUGAUCACGUGAUUGCAUUGUCACCAUUGACAAAUGAGAGCCAGCAAUAUCUUACUGGCUUUGUGACAAGGAUUUUUUGUCCACAUGAAAAGGAGUUGUAUGAGGUUACUUUGGAUAAUGAUAAUCGUGGGAAUUACACUCUUCCACAUUUACGAAAGCUUCCAUUUUGCCGAUCAGCUCAUGAAGGUAUUUACUCAAUAAGCUUAUAGCUUGCAAUCACGCCUUCCCUUAAAAAAAGAAAGCCUGAUCGUAUUUUGCGAGUUUACGGCUGGUAAACAUUUCCCGAAUUCUUAAGAACUAAGUCACCUAGCCUGCGUAGCAGGCGCUUGGAAGUAGUGGGCGAAAGAGAGAACGGGCGCGCGUGUCUCCCUCGCGCGCGCCCGUUCUCUCUUUCGCCCACUUCUCGCGCGCCCGUUUUUUCUUGUGCCCACUACUUCCAACAUAUAAUAGUAACAAUAACGUAUAAUAGUAUAAUAGUUUGGGAGUAAAACGGAACGUCUUUUUAGAAUCGAUUUCAACAUUUUUUCACAUAGAGUGUCGACAAAACUUGCGUUCAUCUGUGUUUUGGAUUAAAUUAACUGCAAAAACCGUGGACGAAGAUCCUGCUAGUUGUAAACGUUGGAUCUCUAGAAAAGAGAUCAAAUCAGCCAAAAUAUAAAGAACCAAGAACGAGAAGUCCAAAGACUACUGCAAAGCUGAUUUAAAACAACGUGUAUUGUUUUUUAUUGGUUUGUGAGCAUUGUGGUAAAGGGAGAGCUAGUCAAAAAUGUUACACUGCUGAAGAAUUUAACGUUGUUGUUUCGGCCCCGCCCACACCAAUUCUGAUAAUUUUAUGACCCAUCUUCGUUCAUCUUUUUGACCUACCAUCUACACCAAACUGAUGAAUUGCAAAAAAAAAAAAUAUUUUCCGGCUUGUCCUGUCACCAACUAAACUUCAGUGCAGAUCUUUUUGACUCAAGCAGGCUCAAGAAGGCAAAGUGGUGUAGUAUGGCGUCCACACCGGAGGAAAAAAAAGAGACGUUUUUGAAUCAAAUUAGGGAGUUUUAGCAUCGACGACGGCGACGGCAGCGAAAACGUCACUUUUAAAAUGAAUUGGCGUUUUUUCAAACUUUUUCGCGUUUAUUCUAAUUCGGUGAAAAUGUCUAAAGAAGGCAAAUUUCUCUAGAAUUGAUUUCUUGGGGACCGCAUUCAAGUUAAGAGAGAGAAAAAAUUUCGUCGUCGCUUGUUUACGUCCUUCAUAAAACGUGAAAUUAGGCAUUUUCACGUCGUAGUCGUGUAGUGACGGCUAAGAAAUGUACAGAAAAGCGUGAUGCACGUGCAAACCUGUUGUUUUGCUUUAUAAACCUAUCGCUGUUUUGACGGUCUCGCUGCCGUCGCCGUCGUCGUUGCUAAAACUCCCUAUUAAGCCCCGUGCCAACGGACACAACUUUGCUGGCCAUCAACUCCCAACAUUUUUGGAUCUUAUAUGUCGCGUCCGUUUGCACACCCUGUUGCACGUUGUUGCGAAAAGUAAGUUUAAAACCAGUCAGGCUUUUUAAUCAACAACCCCCAAUAUUUCGUUUGUUCUGUGAUCCCGGAAGCGUAGGGCAGCAAUGUUAAAUCCGUUUGCACAGCUCUUUCAACAUUGUUGGGGUCACGCACGCGCAUUAUGCAUGAUUUGCAAAGUCUGUGGGUUGUUUCCGUCCCACGAUGCAUACAACUCCCAACAUUGUUGGGAGUUUUUACGUUCGUUUGCAUGUAGCUCAGUAGAAAAUGACUGUUUACUUAAACUUUAUCGACGAAUUUACAUCCAUUUCCUUAUUUUAGUCGGCGCUCGUGUUUUUGCUCGCCGGAAAGACAACCUUUACUACCGUGGUUUUGUGAAGAAACAAAUUCACUAUGGUGAGAAACUUUACAUAGACGUGGAACUGGAUCAUUUGGGCCCCAUUUCACACCAAGCCAGCGACGAAAGAGCCAUUAUCCUUGACAUCAUUCCUUCGUACAGUCAUGUGCAUGCAACUCAGCGUGUAAUUGGCCAUUUUCCUGGGUAUGCAAGCUACAUUCCAGGGGUGGUGGUCAGACGGAAUGAAGACUGCUGGCAAGGGGCUUAUCACGUGAAGUUUGACACCGGGGAAGAACGUCAACUAGAUUUCAAUGAAAUUCGAAUUCUUCCACCGUAUGUUCAGUUAGUUUUCUAG